UUAGCGCACAAAGUCAUAAAUGGCAAAAUGGAAUACCUGCCAGACUGUGUUCUGAUUUCGAUCUUUGGUCUCCUGGACUUGCAGUCCCAGUUGAACGUCGCCAGAGUGCAUUUUCGUUUCUACGCUAUAAUGCCAUUGGUUUGGGGAUCUAACGUUCACCUGUCGCUGUUUGAAUUGGAUAUAUCCAGCGCUGAUCUCCGUCUUUGCCUGUGCAUAAUCCGCAGGACAUUGCAAGUUUUACGGUUCAAUAUGAUCAGCCGGGAAAACUUUGACAUACUCACCAGCUACGUGUAUCCGAAUGCGCACGACUUUCGCUUCUCAACCACUUCAUUCCGCCUGAAUGAUUCGGACAUUCUGAUGAUAAUUAAAGCUUUUCCACAGUUGAGGACAUUCAGUCCCAUUGGACAAUUGACUGGAAAAUAUCUAGCUGACAUUCCGCACCUGGAGAACCUCAAUGCAAACCAUUGUUCAAAAUUCCAGGUCAGCAGCUUAGUACAUAUAAUGCAAACAAGGCAGCUGAAAGCUCUCUUUCUCGACAUACCUUUCUGGGACAUUGAUAUCCUGUUAGUGAAAUUACCCACAGCUGGCAUGCAGCAUCUAGAGGUCCUGCUGUGCAACGAGACUGAGUUUUUCACAUGGUUCAUGAACAAUUUGAAGCAUCUGAAACGUCUAAAGCAGCUCUCAGUCCUCGGCAUGUGCUGUCCCAAAACGCAGUUGGAACUUGCCGGGAAGUUGAGGGCGGAAGGACGCCACAGUCUAAAACGACUGGAAGUACAAUACGCUUGCGAUGUAUAUUUUCAUGGUGAACGCAUUCAGUUGGAUGUUGAAACAUUCGUAAUGAAAUACGUUAAUGAUUUGUCUGCUAAAAUGGGUAGAAUUUCGCAUCCCUUUCGGCACAGCAAGCGCUUGCUGUUUUAUUCUUGCUGCAUAAAAGAUGCGGACAGCUUUGGACGCUUUCUUCAACUCUGCCAGCACGUUGAGAUCAUUGAGUUCGAGGACUGCAGGUUUGGGUUCCAGUGCUACACAUUCUCAGCACCGCGAAUCGCCAAGCAUCGUGCAACGAUCCUACAGCUGUACCUACACGGAUCUAGAUUUGUGAGAAACAACGAGGACGUUGCCCCGAUGGCGUGGAGCGUCGAGGGCGAGGACAGACGCUUCAAGCUGCACCAAACUAAGUCGAAAAUCAACCACAUUGCUCAUAACAAAAUGCUCUUUACCUCUUUUCCUGUCAAGUACUAUCAUUGCUUUGAUUUUAAUGACCUUCCAUAGAUGCUUACUUAUGUGGCGCACUGUGAAAAGUGGGCUGGUUCAACUCGCUCGCACGGCAAUUUGGCUCAGUUGUAUUGCUUUUAGUUUUCACAAUUAGGCCAAUGACCGAUAGCGUCGUCGUCAACGAAUAGUAACCUUAUCGGACGCAGUUAGAAGUCGCCUACAAGUGGUUUACUUUGCCAUUCAAAUCGACUAAGGCUACGUGCCUUAAACUAAGUGGAAUUUGUUUUGAAUAAAGAAUCUAUUGAGAGA